AUGAAAGUGUUCAAGCCGGGAAAGCAGAAGGGCAGCCCGCAGCCGGUCGUCAGGACUGUCGAUAUGCCGUACAGCAUGCAGGUGUACGCCAUUCGACUUGCCCUUAAGGCGCUCGAAAGCAAGAUAUCCGAAUGCGAGAUGGCCGUGUACAUAAAAUCGCAGUUCGACCGGUCUUACGGACCCGGAUGGAUGUGUAUCGUCGGACGAAGUUUCGGAUCGUACGUCUCGUAUGCAUUCGGCUGUUUCAUGUUCUUCGAACUCGGCAAUGAAGCCUUCCAACUGUUCAAAGCACCAUGA